AUGACUACAAGAUCAUUGUUUAUGUCAGAUAUUUCAUUGAAUAUGAAAGAAAAAACAUUGUUACAUGAUCUAGGACAUAACUAUGUUGGUGUCGAAAAAGUUUCUCGAAUUCAUGAUGAUAGUGGAAAACCGACUGAUGCUAUUCGAGUCGAUAUGAAAUCCAAUAAGUUGGCUAUGAAGAUUCUCGAUGAUGGAUACAUUCUCUUCGAUGGUAAGAAAUGUGAUGUUCGACCAUAUUGGCCAAGACUUUGUCGCCGAUGUCGUAAAGAAGGGCACAAUGCCUCAGAAUGUCCUCAAAGACCGUUGACAUUUGAGUGUGCUAUGGAAAUAUUUAAAGAGCAACAAACGCAACUCGAAGCAAAGAUAAAUGCCUUUGAAAGUAAGUGGAAUACACGUCUAUCAUCAUUGAUCACACCAUCGAUGAACGUUAACAUUGAUCAAGUGUUACCAAUAUUUAAAGAUCUAAAAACGGUCGCUCAACAAUUGAAUCAACAAAAUGUUCAAGUGCAAAGACAGCUUCGUUCUAUUGUCAAUCGAGUGCAAGAUGUAAAAGUACAAUUGAGUAAUGCACAAGAACAAAAAACAUAG